GUCCUGUUAGUCGCUUCUUCGUCGGGCAAUGCUCACUUCAUCUCAAGCCUGCUUUCUUCUAGUCAUGCGUCUCUGCCCUCCCCGGUCACACGCUGGUUUCUCUCCCUGUGCUAUCGGUAGUAUCUCGCCGGACUGAGGUAUUGUACCUCGAUGGACCUUCUCCACUGACCUACAUACAGGCCACUCCAAGCGGCAGAGAACGACCUUCGACAGUCGGUUCAGUCCUGGCCGCCCCCAACCUAAUGCCCACAAUCGCCUCUCGAGGAUCCUCGUGCCAGCUAUCUUCCCCAGUACAGCCUCCGUAGAGUAGGGCUAUCGCGCACAAGGUUUGACCUGGUGUGUCGGCUGCAUGAUGCAGUCUUCUUCUCCAGCCUCACUCCACUUCACUAUAAGAUGACGCCCUCGGACACACCCGUCCGUUCAAAUCCUCCAUCGCCUCAUUUCGUCGACGGCUACUUUCCUCAGCAACCUGUGCCGCCAAUGACUCUGAAUGACAACACGAUCCGUGACCUAAUUCGACAACUGGAGCUAGACCGCAGGACAUAUCUUUCAACGUUUGAGAGGGUGCAUCAGACUUUACACCAAGCACUCAAUGGGCAGCCUGCUAGGUCCGAUACUGCGAGGUCCGAUGCUGUGUCCGACGUGGUCCUUGAUGGCAUCCUAUCACAGCCUAUAGUAGGGUCUCCGGAGGUGUCGCCGUCUCCAGGCCUUGUUCAUGGAACAGAACAGCCAGCCGUACCGCCCUUGACAAGCAGUCAUCGAACAGGCACAUACGUCUUGGAACGCCAUCAAACACAUCCUGCCAAAGAUUCCAUCUUCACGGGCGAUGCAAGUUCCGAUAGUGAAGACGAUGAAUCGUUCUUCGCCCAAGAAACCCUACCAGCAAGAGACUACUCAGAGAGCGAUUUAAUCGAGCAUCUGAAGACUCAUGAAUGGGAUGUCUACAGCAAAUAUAUUCUCCAGGAUCUUCUUCGCAAUCUGAGCCUGUUGGAGAAUGGGAUUUUCCUCAAGGACCGACAUCACCAAACAGAUGCAAACCACCAGCAUGCAGAUAUCUAUCAUGUCUCGAAAGACGGUGCACCGUUGCGGUCUACCCGAGGCGAGUCCGACGAAGGGCCCCUCGCGGUGUGGGAGGCUUUGAAGAGCACGAACAGUUCCGAAGGGAGGAAUCAAGCUGUCGGACGAAUUAUCGUUCUCAGGGAACCUCCAUCGAGUCUCUUCGCGGCGCUACAUCUCACAAUGGUUGAGUACUUUGACAUGGACAAUAUCUAUCGCAUGUUAAUUGACGAUCACACCCCCACGAAGGCCAUCACAAAGGGGUACCUGGAGGAAGAUCACCGCCGACAACGAUCCAUCGUUUUCGUCUUCAAGUAUCAUACGAUCAUUGGCGAAGGUCGGGCACCUUUACCGUGGCAGAACUAUGACAAUGCCGAAGACCCCCCAGAGGAUCAUAUUCCACUCUCUACCUGUUCUUCAGUGGUAGCCCUCUCUUUAGCUGGCAGACCAAGCCAUAGCCUUCGACGGAAUUCUCGAAAGAGGAAGGCCAUCGUUGGGCACAUCUAUGAUCCCUUUGCUCCGUGGCACGUUCUCUCCAUACAGUGCUUUCCCGACUGGAACUCUAGCGUUGACGUCCACGCAACGAAUCACCAUUACGUGAACGGGCCCGACGCCUUCUUCUCAUCGCUCCUGGGAGAAUACAGAGAUGCCGCCAAGAGAUUCAGGGAGGUCUUUUCGAGCAUACAACGGCUGGCAACUCCGCCGAACAAGUCGAUCUUCGAUCGCGCUCUACGGGACGAACUCUUGUUCGAGAAUGACAAGUAUACAUAUUCCCGUCGAUAUUUUUGGGCUUCGCAGACCCUAGGCUUGUUGAGCAAUGAAAUCAAGGCCAUGAUCAGUGCGUAUAGGGACACGUUCACCGAUGAGCUAUGGUCCGGCGAGCACAAGACGCUGUUUCCCGGAACGAAGGAUCAGUCUUCCAAGUAUAAGAACUGGAGGAAGAAAUUGGUUCAUACCCGGCGAUUAUUCGAGAAGGAAAUUGCUCACUUAGAAGAGGUGUUGAAGAUGUUCCAACAGCAGCAGAAAGAGAUCCGCAACCUCCGGGAAUGGCUGUUCAGUGGCACUUCGGUCCUGGAAAGCAGAGAAGCCGUCAAUAUGGCCAAGAUCACCGUGGAACAGGGCUAUAAUAUUCGUCUGCUGACAUUGGUCACACUCUUUUACCUUCCACUCACCUUUGUGACCUCAAUUUAUGGGAUGACGAAUAUGCCCACCGAUGAUGAUUUCCUCCCAUUUGCCCUAACCAUGGUGGGCAUCUGUCUCCCAACAUAUGUGCUAAUCUUGAUCGUCAACAACCCAGACAAUACCAAACGAACGCUUGCGGAUAUCGGCCUGUUCUUCACCAAGUUGACGUCUUGUGCCGCUCCAAAGAAGUCGGAACGACUCAAGGAGAAAAUCCUCGAGCAUAAAUUACCUCAUCCCGACGAGAAAACUCCCGCCGUCCAUGCAGCAGCCACAUACGCCAGUCUCGAAGCAAGACUGUCUCGCGACCUGACCGCGGACACGUCCAUCCGCGGCUCGCAAGGCUUCCUCCUGGCAAACACAAGGCGAAUGUCGCACAGCGUGUUCAACCAUUUGCCCGGCAUAGCGAGACUUGCAUCAUCGCAAGCAGCAGGAGCUGGAGAGAGAGCCACACAGGUCAACGAUAACGUGCUACAGACCUGGCCGGAAGAAAGCGGCGAUGCAGCGUCGAGGUACAGAAGGCCCCGGUCAACAACGAUCGAAUUCGAAGAACCACACUACUCGUCCGCCAGAGUGACGGUCACUGGGUCUGACGAAGACCCGCAGUACGGCAAUGGGCCGGGACCGACGAGGCGGACGACAGACGAGUCGCACAGCUCGACAUUCCUCGACCCCGAAAAGUUGACGUCUACUUUCUCUGCGGUCUCGCCAGGUGUGAGCCCGUCGAGGCUGGAUCCGAAUGCUGUGAAGCCUACACCUCCGCCGACCGCCGCGCUGGCAUCGGACGCCAUCAUCAGAGAGCGCAGUAUGAGCCCGAGCUACAACCUUGACGGGCGGUCCUUGUUCAGGAGAUUGAGCAACCGAUUCGCAGCUUCUUCGCCUAGGCCGUCAAGCGAGCAAAGUCUGACGCCAAAAGAAUCUGUUUAGGUGACAGCACUACUAGUAACUAACGAGAAGAAAAUGAGUAAUGAGAUGAAUCUUGCAGCCCGACCUACAAAGGUCUGUGCCGAAAACGGAAGAGAGUGCUGCACAUGGGGGUGUCAGAUCCUUUGUGCUGUUGCUGGAAGGCUCGUCAUUCAUCAAGGAGCGAGUCUGCCAGCAAAGAAGGACUUUGCUCGCCAAGGAGCGGCUAACGACUGAACGAUUUAACGAGUCACAGGAGACAAAUGAACGGAAGCAUGCAAGGCAUAAGUGGUGUCAUAUAUGUGGUAGGGCUUUUAUGGUACUUGUUCUGUCCUUGGAGGGGUUUCCAGGAGAUGUAGCAGCCUCACGGCUCAACACAGCGAGGACGAAUGAUAGCUUUAGGUACCUAGGUAGACAAAACGGUUUGCCAUUAUUCGAUGAAUGGAAGAGUCAACCCGAAGCUGGAUGUGAGGAUAGCAUGAGAAAACCCCCAAGUAUCUUAUACAAUGAUGGUAGUCC